AUGACCGAGAAUUCACUAUUUAGGCACGAUGGAAUUGGCUUUUCGGAUUCUGUAUUUUUAAUACAAGUACUGGCGGUUUUGAUUCAUCUUCCUUCCCUCUUUACAUUCCCUCUUGACACUAGCAUAUCUCUCAUGCUGGAGAGAAAGGGAAUCAACGUAAAUGUGCCAGUCUUAAUGCUCGCACAUCCUCUUUAUCAUAUGGUUAUUGUACUAUUUGCAGUUUUCUCGGUUCUUUAUACUAUACAUUCCAAACAAUCUACAUUUUUAAAGAGCUUGGUGGUGCCGUUAGCUCUCAUUCAUUUGCACAGUAUUUCUGGUUAUUUUAACUUAUUUUGGUUCAGUGACAACUUUCAUAGCCUUGACUCCGCAUCUUUGAUGUUGAGAUUUUUUUCACACGAAAAUUCACUUAAAGUGAUUGGGAUUUGGUUUGUAACUUCUUUAUUUUUCAUAGUUGGAAUUUCUUUGAAUGUUUAUCUCUGCAAAGAUACAGAGAGGGUAACUAGUAGGACUAGGAAAUGGUUCCACCUCUUGCUCUCAGCUAAUGCCCUUGUAGCCUUUUACCAUGGUGAGGAGCUGCUCUUUAUCAUUGUAGCCUCUGUUAUUAUUGUACUAUUGACAUUUGUGGAAGUUUUGAGAGCAAAUGGAAUAUUUUUUGCAAAAAUGACUAAAUUGUACAACAUAUUCAAGAGUGAAGAUGAUGACGAGCGAUUUGAAUUUUCGCACAUUAGUCUAUUUUUGGGCAUUGUGAUUCCUCUCAUUUAUGAAUUUAUCAAGGGUGAAGCCCCGGACUGGACUAGGGCAGGACUUGGAAUUUGCACGGUUGGCCUUGGGGACUCUUUUGCUGCACUUGUUGGCUCUAGAUUCAGGAGCAAUCACUCAAACCGCAAGACUAUUCAGGGGUCAAUUGCAUACUUUUUCUCCUGCUUGACAGCUAUGUUGCUACUUUCACACGUCCAAAGUGAGAAUACCGUUGAUUAUGGCAGGUGUGUUCUGACGUCUUUGCUAACGUGUAUUGUGGAGGCAACCGUGGCAGGAUGUGACAAUGUAAUACUUCCAUUGUUGGCAAUUCUGGUCUACUAG